AUGUUCUUUUUUUCCUUAACAUGGGCGGUUAUCAAUUCCAGUAAGCGAAAAACUGUCUUAGACAUUGUUCUUACAAUAUUGUGGUCUUUGACGGCAUUUACCUAUUUUGUUGGAUUAUGGGCAGGAUAUGAUGAUGGUGAUUUAAUAUUUGCUGCCAAGUUACGAGCUCAAGGUUUACCUGUUGCAGCUUACAAUAUGCGCGAAUAUUUCGCUUCCAUCAAUCUAGAACAUGAAUCUGCAAGACAGUAUAACAACGGCUUCGCAGUUGCAAUUACGCCAAAAAAAGAUUAG